AUUUUCAAGGAGGCAGAAGCUUUCCUCGAGCUGUUGCAGACACAACACCGCAGUUUAAGGUGGUUCGAGCCACUAAACUCAACAGCAUUGUCUUGGUCAUUGAUACCUCAGCAAGUAUGGAGACGCGCAACAAGUUAACACGAGCAGUACAAGCAGCGACAUACUUUAUCGAAGAUGGACUAGACAACGGCGUGUUUCUCGGACUCGUCACCUUCUCUACAGUAGCCACAGUUGUGACGCCAAUAACCGAGCUGACCAGCGAGGGCAGCAGAAGUGUCAUCUCGCAGAAACUGCCUCGCACAACAGAGGGAAAGACUAGCAUUGCUACAGGCUUACUGACGACCCUCCAGCUCAUCAAGAAUCAUGAAAACAGUACAUCGGGCGGGUUCAUUGUCCUUAUUACUGACGGUCGUGGCACAACAACCCCCACCCUCGAUGACGCAAGAUCAGCUAUCAAGGACUCCGGAGUCAUUAUUAACGUCAUAGCUUUUGACGACGACAAGGACACAUCUUUGGAGAAGUUAACGACAGAGACAGGAGGAAGGUAUUACUAUGAUACACGAGAAGAGAUGUCAACUUCCGCUGUAGACGCCAUGUUGGAUAUAUACAGGUUCUUCGAUUCAGACAGUGACCGGAUUCCUGUCCAAAUUGUCAGUGAGACUGAUUACCUGGCACCGUUUCAAACUAUGUCGGGAAGUUUCAAGUUGGAUCUCAGCUUGGGCAAACACACAAGGGCUAUAAUCACAUACACUUCUGAGUUACCUCCCAAUAUCACAGUCACCUCCCCUACAGGACGCCGCUACUGCUACUUGUAUCCGGAAUAUUUCAACGACCCGAUUCUAAAGAGAGUGAAGCUUUCCAUACCAUUUCUUGCUGAGAUUGGACAUUGGAAUUAUGCCAUCAAAAACAGCGAGGCUGCCUCCUCUUACGUGGUGUCUAUUGUGGUGAUGUCCUCGUCAAGGAAUUCUACUAUCCCGACUCUGAAGUUCUCUGGGGACAUACUUUUGGAAAACAACACCUGGCCAAUCAGAUCUGUUGUCGUGGCGGAAGUGACGCGAAACGGCAUGCCGGCUAAAGAUUUAACGGUUAGAGGGAUUGUCAGUCGACCCAUGGCCGCACCGGAAAUCAUAGAACUCUACGACAAUGGCGCAGGGGCGGACGCUGUGAAGGGAGACGGCAUCUACUCUCGUUUCUUCACGAGAUUUUCAACAUCCGGUCACUACAGCCUCAACAUCGAGAUGCUGGACGCUCGCGGAGAGACGAUAGUGGCCAGCGGCAUAUCAAACUUUAUUACUUUUUCAGAUUCAGAGUCGUCUCAAAUAGCUACAGGAUACGCCAGUAGUGUGCAUAUAGAGCAUCCUCAACUCCCUGUAUCAAGACCCACCGAUUCGGUUGUAGUGGACGAAUAUCCGCCUAUGCGUAUUACAGACCUCAGGGUUCUGCAUACUUGUGCGGCCAAUGGGUCUGUUGUUCUAGCGUGGACUGCACCAGGGGAUGAUUUAGACUAUGAUACAGCAUCUUCAUACACGAUUGUAAUGAGCUCGUCAGUAGAAGCUAUUAUUAACAGUCAAGAGUUACCUCUCUUGGAUAACACUUACGUCAUCAAGGGAAAUCUUUAUGCUCCAAAAUCUUUCGGUGACAAGGAAGAGGUCAGUGUCCUUUUUCUUUCUUUUGUCUGUGUCCUGCUUUGUGCCGCUCGACAUCGCAGGAUAACUUCCUAA